UUGGGAUCAGAGGUAAACAGCUUGCAAGAAGAAGGCAGAUGCCCUGGAAACUCUGCCUUUCCACCUUGCUGCCUGAGGGGCCCCGGGGCAGGGGGCAGGCCUGAGCCGCUGUUUGUCUGGGUGGAGCCUGUGGUCACACUGUUUAUCCACCUUGGCUGGGGCUCCAAGCCCCUCUGUGUGCAGCAGCGGCGGAGCCAGGCCUGAGUUUCUGCAGUCUCUGUCACCGUGCUGCUGGUCCCAGCCCCUCUGUGCCCUGCUGCCCAGUGCUCUGUUCCUGGAGGAAGCCAGUCAGCCAAGGCCACUGACCCACCGCUGGAGCCAUGGUCCACGGGCACAAAGGGGUCAAGUUCCAAAACUGGGCAAAGACCUAUGGCUGCUGCCCUGAGAUGUACUAUCAGCCCACAUCUGUGGAGGAGAUCAGAGAGGUGCUGGCGCUGGCCAGGCAGCAGAACAAGCGGGUGAAGGUGGUGGGCGGUGGCCACUCGCCCUCGGACAUCGCCUGCACCGACGGCUUCAUGAUCCACAUGGGCAAGAUGAACCGCGUCCUCAAGGUGGACAUGGAGAAGAAGCAGGUGACGGUGGAGGCCGGCAUCCUCCUGGCUGACCUGCACCCACAGCUGGACAAACACGGCCUGGCCUUGUCCAACCUGGGAGCUGUGUCUGAUGUGACUGCAGGUGGCGUCAUCGGGUCCGGGACGCACAACACAGGGAUCAAGCACGGCAUCCUGGCCACGCAGGUGGUGGAGCUGACCCUGCUGACGCCCGAUGGGACUGUGCUUGUGUGCUCUGAGUCCAGCAACGCAGAGGUGUUCCAGGCGGCACGGGUACACCUGGGCUGCCUGGGGGUCAUCCUCACUGUAACCCUGCAGUGUGUGCCCCAGUUCCACUUGCAGGAGACGACCUUCCCCUCAACCUUGAAAGAGGUUCUGGACAACCUGGACAGCCACCUGAAGAAAUCUGAAUACUUCCGCUUCCUCUGGUUCCCGCACAGUGAGAACGUCAGCGUCAUCUACCAGGACCACACCAACAAGCCUCCCUCCUCUUCAGCCAACUGGUUUUGGGACUACGCCAUUGGAUUCUAUUUACUGGAGUUCCUGCUCUGGAUCAGCACCUUCGUGCCAGGCCUCGUGGGCUGGAUCAAUCGCUUUUUCUUCUGGCUUCUGUUCAAUGGGAAAAAGGAAAACUGCAACCUCAGCCACAAGAUCUUCACCUACGAGUGCCGCUUCAAGCAGCAUGUCCAGGACUGGGCCAUCCCCAGAGAGAAGACCAAGGAGGCCCUCCUGGAGCUGAAGGCCAUGCUGGAGGCCCACCCCAAGGUGGUGGCCCACUACCCCGUGGAGGUGCGCUUCACUCGGGCAGACGACAUCCUGCUGAGCCCCUGCUUCCAGAGGGACAGCUGCUACAUGAACAUCAUCAUGUACAGGCCCUACGGCAAGGACGUGCCUCGGCUGGACUACUGGCUGGCCUAUGAGACCAUCAUGAAGAAGGUGGGGGGCAGGCCCCACUGGGCCAAGGCCCACAACUGCACCCGGAAGGACUUUGAGAAAAUGUAUCCUGCCUUUCGGAAGUUCUGUGCCAUCCGAGAAAAGCUGGACCCCACAGGGAUGUUUCUUAACGCCUAUCUGGAGAAGGUGUUCUACUGAGGCAGAAAUAGAAAACAAGUCGAGCCCACCCUGUCCCAUUCCCCGGGGCCCAUCUUCCCCGAGGCUGAAGGCUCCAACCCUCACACCAACAUACCAUGGUUCUAUUUCUCUGAAGGGCCCUGACUGAUAUGUAAGGAAAGAGAUGAAUUGGUGAAGUAAACACAGAGAACAGCAUGCAGGCUAAACCCUGAGGCUUGAGAAAUGGCAAAGUCCAGAUCGCUCCCAUGUUCUGCAGAUGAGGAAACUGAGGCUCAGAGAGGUGAUGAUACUUGUCCAACAUCACAGAGCCAACUAAGAAAGGCAGUGCCCUUAAAUGUUUCAACCAAAGUAGGUCUUGAAGCCGUAUAUUUUUCAUAACUUGAAUUUAAAAUCUAUUCUAUUUUGAAAUCUAUGAAUUUUGCCUUCUAUUCCCUGAUGUAACUGUGUUUUAAAGUUUUGAGUAGUGCUUUGUUUUCCAAAUCUUUAAACGUCAUUUCUGCUCGAGGAAGGAGUGCUUUUAUGGCCCCUCACAUCUACCCCGGGGUUGAGGGAGGAGAAAUACAGACCUUAAGGAACACACUGUAUAAUGGCAUAAGUCCAAAACCAUAAGAUUCAGUAAAACCUCCAUUCCUAGAACACUGAGUCAAAAGAAUGUUCUAGAAAAUCUAAUUACCAGAGAACCCAGGUGCCCUAUGUCGAUCAGAUGUUUGAUAAAUAUAAUUCACUCGUCCGUUGAUUGGA